UCGCGCGCGUGGUUAUUGUAUACCAGUGUCGAAUCGCGAACCGAGUCGUUGUCACGACGCCGAAGCGAUAGUUGCAAAGAAAUUACUUUGCAUUUAACGCAGCGAGUAAUUAUCGUGUGAAAAAUUGAUAAAAAAUAGGUUGUACCGUGAGCGACUGUUGGUGUUUGUUUGUACUUGUGUGUGCGCAAAAUGUCGUUAAUGCACACCAUCGAGUACCUCGACUUAGUGCAUCAAAGCGACGAUGAAAAGCGCAAAAUGUCGUUAAUGCACACCAUCGAGUGCCUCGACUUAGUGCAUCAAAGCGACGAUGAAAAGCGCAUAAGAUUAGACUCAAUACUGAAGAGUAAGCGUGAAAAUGCCAAUUAUCUUAACCAAGCGAAAUUGCAAGUACUGCGUGAAAAGGUCAACUGGGAGACGGAAGCGGAGCGACGUGCUUUUCUCCGUAGUCUUGACUUUUUGAUCAGAGAUCGGGCGGGUCAACUCCCGAAUUUCAAGGACAUCUUCAGUCGCGAAGAAAUGGAUCUUCUUCUCUCGGACGCCCUGAAACCCGACGACUUUCACAAUUACGGUUUGGGAUCGCGAUUUAUCAGCUGCGUGCUCGAGGCCGGCUACAAGGACGAGCCCGAUCUGGACGAAGCGGGCAAGCCGGUGCUGCGACGCACGACGCCGGUGCAUCGCGCACGAAGUCGCGACGUCUUCGGCUGGGAAACGACGAUCCGUAAGCUCUUUAAGAUAUACGACAGGUUCGACGCGAACUACCGGGACGAGUCCGGCUUGACGCACUUUCACGUCGCCUGCGAGCUUGGCCUCCGCGACAUCGUGUCGAAAUACCUGGACCAAGGACAGGAUCCCGAUUGCCUGUCUGGAAAAUCUGACUCGGUCGAUCCGCCGCUACACUUGGCUCUGGCCAAUAACGAGCGCAACGUCGUCUCGUUGCUGCUGAGACACGGCGCGGAUCCGAACUCGAUCAACGAGGCCGGAGAGACGCCUCUGCACGUCAUUUGCCGGAGACGAUACGACGACGACGACGACGAGCUCCUGAAGAUAUUCUUCGGGACGAAGGCGAAGCUCGACGUCCGAGACAAGCGAGGGGACACACCGUUGCACCUGGCACUCGUGAACUACAGACUGAAGUUGGUCGAGCUGCUGCUGAGACGGGGCGCCGAUCCGAACGUGCCCAACGAGGAGGGAUCGACUCCUCUGCACGUCAUCUGCAAGAGUCAUCGCUUUCAUCACUUCAUGGAGACGUUGUUCGACGUCUGCGACGAGGUCCGUCGGCCGUUGUGGGUCAACGCUCGGGACGAGUCGGGCCGGACGCCGCUGCACUUGGCUCUGGACGGGGGCGCCGAGGACAAGGUCGAAUUGCUGCUGAGGAGAGGACGAGCCGAUCCGAACUCGGCCGACGACGACGGAUCGACGCCUCUGCACGUCAUCUGCACGAGGGGCGACGCCGACUACUUCGCGGAGCUGUUCUUCAGGAUCAACGACGAAUUGGGACAACGGGUGCGGAUCGACUCGGUGGACGGACUCGGCAGGACGCCGCUACAAUUGGCCGUGGCGAAGAUCUUUCCGGGACUGGUCGAGAUUCUAUUGGAUCGCGGCGUGGAUCUGUCCAAAUUCGUUUUUCCCACCGAGCGUCAAUUCGAAGAGUCUCUGGAGACGUUCGAGGACAAGGAGAAGACGGAUAUCAAAUUCGAAAUAGCGUCGGACAUGCUAGAGGUCUUGGAGUGCCUCGAAAAAAAUGGAUACGAGCUGACGCGAAGCGACGCCCUGACGCUCAUCAAAUUCUUCGUCGAGCACGGACUGUUCGAGAUCUCGUCGGACCUCGAGGAGCGUUGGUACGACGCCAAGAGGUUCGCGAAAAAGGCCAAGAAGAUCGCGGUGAGAUCGAACUUGUCGCUGUACGACCUCGUCCGACUGCGGCCCAAGGAGGCGACGAGACUGCUCACCGUCAGCAGGUACUGCGAGCUCGCCUACUCGGACGAGCUGCGCGAGCUCCGGCCCGAGAGAUGUCGCGAGGCCUGCAUGACGCGACUGAGCGAGAAGAUGUGGAGAGGAUUUUUCCGCCGUUGGACGCCGGAAUUUUUAUUCGCGCUCGCGCGCCGCCGCCUGCCGAUACCGUGCUGCGACCUCAUCUUCGAUCGGCUGACGAUGGAGGAUUGGUUGAGAUUGUGCCUGGCGGCCGAAGAGAAGAGCUGAAUCUCGCGAUGAAGGCGACGAAAUUGAGGAACUGUAAAGACUCAUCUUUGUUAUUGAUCUUGAAAUAUUUUUGUUAACGCGCAAGAUUUUUAUUACCUGUAAAUUUUUAAUUUUCGACAUGUAGAGUUUGUACGGUGCUAAAAAAUAAAAUUUUAUGAAAUAAAUCGUAUACUCGAUGUUUCAAAACUACAGCAAUA